UGACUGCAGUGCGUGGACGUUGAAGGAAGCACAGCCCCCAAUGCAGAGUCCGAGUCAAAGAGACUGGCCACCACCACAACUACCAACAGUGCAGCCAGCACAGCCACAGCACCUGCCAACGUCAGCAGCAGCAGCCCACAAUCCGGCAGCACUGCUGCUGGAGAGUCUCCUCCAUUCGUGGACUUGCACUUCCCCCUCGGCGCCUCCUCUGCCUCUCCCCAUGGGCGACCGCUGCUGCCCUGCAUUGUGAAGCUGUACGACAGCGUGGAGUCCCAAGUGAAGCUCAACCAGGUGCUGGAGUUCGUCGGGGUCGUCGCCCCACCCUCAGCUCCUGCCGUGCAUGCACCCACCGCAGUGCCGCACGCACCAGAUGACAGCAACGACCGAGACAAAGGGAUGGGCACGGGCACCGGCACAGGGGUGGGCACAGGCACAGGCACAGGCACAGGCACAGGCAUGGGCAGUGACGACAAUGCAGGUGGUGCAAUGGCGGUGGGGAUGGAGGUGGAAGGGGAAUUGGGCCUGGGAGGGGGGCCGUCUGCCUGCCUCCCCAGCAGCCAGGUGCUGCGCCUGCACUGCCUCACCUGGAGGCAGCUGCCCGACCCCUUCCUGCCGUUCACUGAGCCGACUGUAGCAUCAGCACCCACCAUCCGCGCAUCGCUGCUGCCGCGGCUGACCGCUGUGUUGGGCGGCGACAGGCUGGCGGCAGAGUACUUGCUGCUGCACCUGCUGUCGCGGGUGCACACUCGCAUAGAGCCUAUGCCUCUCGGCAAGCUCUCCCUCAACCUUUCCGGCUUCCCAGAACCUUCCUCCCCCUCCACCACCUUCCACCCCUCCUCCGCUCUCUCCCCCCCUCACCCCCCACCUCCCAUCUCCUCCUCCCCUCCCUCUCUCUCCCAAGCCGCAUCCCCCUCCCUCCCCACCCUCACCUCCUCCCUCCAAACCCUCCUCCCAGCCACCCACACUCUCCCCCUCUCCCUCGACACUCUUAACUCGCGCCGCCUCGCCCCCCACAAGGACUAUACCUCCGACAGACUAGUCUCCGGGGUGCUGCAGCUGCCAGCUGGCACGCACCUAACUAUUGACGAGACGGCUUUAAAGCCCGGGAGAGUGACGGCGCUAGGGAGCCAGAACCUGCAGGCACUUAAAGAGCUAUUGGAGUGGCAGAAGGUGGACUACGACUUUCAAUACUAUAAGAUGGACAUGCCAAGUGACAUACCUGUGCUUAUUCUCUCUCAUGCCACGUCACGCCUCCUGCCUGCUGACGUCAGCAUGCCUGUGCGGUGCACGGCGCCACCUCAGCCUGUCAGAGUGGAUGAGUCGGAGGUCGCCACGUGGCGGCGGUACAUCGGCUGCUGCCGCCUGCUGGAGCAUGAGAUCAAGGACGGCAUGCGCGAGGAGGUGGAGAGAGAGCUUGUGGCAGCUCGACAGGUGGACCCCUCACUGGACUCUGACACCUUCCAUAGGUGGCUCACUUUGGCUCGACUGAUGGCGGCUAGCUUUGGAGAGAGGGAGCUCUCAAGGGAGAGGUGGCAGGCUGUGCGGGACUUGGAAAGAGCUAGAGAGGCUCGCAACCGGGUGGUGUAGCCGGAUGUGAAGUAUUCGCUGCGUUGUGCUUCGGGACGAGAUGGUACAUGACACAGAUAUGUGUUUGGGUGCAUUAGAAUGCCGUUGCUAUGUGGUGGAAGACAUUUGGUUGGGAGAAAUCGAGUGCUGGGCAAUUUCAGUCCAGCCAUCUAUGAACAAGGUUGAAUCACGAUGUCAUGGAGGUGCUGGCCCCACCAGCAGGCUGACUACAGCUAUCACCUCGAUACGCAUGGAACUAG